UCUAGGUAGGUACCUGGGUAUUGGUCAGCCCUGUUUUCCAGCACGGCCCCCGCACACCUAGGUACCUAGGUACUGGGUACCCAAGGCAGGUCGGACAGAUAAGGUGAAAACGCGCAACUCGUCCUCAAAUCAUGCUACUCUGGUAUCGCGCCAACUCGCUUUUGUUGGUAUGCGGAAAACAAACAGCAACGGGGCUGCAGCGAAGUCGGCGGCGAGCUGAAUCGGCACAUGCGCAUGCCGAUUCCAGCUGCGAGAAGACGCCCCGUGACGAGCGAGCCGUCGGGAUGAGGAGCAUGGGUUGGCUGGUGGUACCGCAGAUCGUGUUGUCGGCCUGUCGUGGUUCCAAUCCGGCCCUCGCAUCAUCACCAUCCAUCGCUCGCUCGCGCACUGAAUCCAUCACGACGGAUCGCAGCUGCGUCCCCCCAUAUCACGUCUUGGCAGUUAUUCUUCAGUCAUCGCGCGGUUCUCGAUCAGGUCUCCCCCGAGGCGUCGAAGUGGUGGCUUACAUAGGUAGCAAGCACCUCAAUCAGGCCGUCUCUGUCCGUCACCACAGCCCUGCAGAAUGUAGGCAGGUACCUAUGUAGGUAGGGUAUGUAAUACGUGAUGGGACUGCUUCGCGAAUCCGGCCAUGUUCAGAGUCUCCAGUUCCUUGCACAUACCUGCAAGAGGCUCCGUGGACCUGCCGAGGCCUGUCUAUAUUCCGUGGCGAUGUUCACCACGCUGUCGUCCCUACGUCUAUUCUUAAAUAACACCCGCGCAGAGCCUCGGCGCAACGUUUACCU